AGGGCAGUGUUGAACUGCGUCUGGUUUAAACCUACGCUUUAAACCUUGUGACCAGAUCGUAGAAGAAGAGUGCGGCUCGCCAUGGCGGAAACAGGGCAGCAGUCAGCACCUUCCCCUGAAGAUGAGGCGCCUGACGCCGGCACCGCCUACAUCAUCCCCAAGAAGGAAAUCAGCAUGGUGCCGGACAUGGGGAAGUGGAAACGCUCUCAGGCCUACGCUGACUACAUGGGCUUCAUCCUGACCCUGAACGAAGGAGUGAAAGGAAAGAAGCUGACGUGUGAAUACGAAGUCUCUGAGACGGUGGAGAAGCUGCUCGGCCUUCUGGGAACUCUGGACCGGUGGAUAAACGAAACUCCUCCGGUCGACCAGCCGUCCCGCUUCGGCAACAAGGCGUACAGAACCUGGUUCUCCAAGCUGGAACAGGAAGCCGAGGCCUUGGUGGCCGCCGUGCUGCCUGCAGAGAAAGCCGCCGCUGCUCCGGAGAUCGCCGUCUACCUGAAGGAAGCUGUCGGGAAUUCGACCCGGAUCGACUACGGGACAGGUCAUGAAGCGGCCUUCGCUGCGUUUCUCUGCUGCCUCUGUAAGGUCGGCGCUCUGAGGAUCUCAGACCAGCUGGCCAUCGUCUUCAAGGUGUUCAACAGGUACCUGCAGGUGAUGCGGAAGCUGCAGCAGACCUACAGGAUGGAGCCGGCCGGCAGCCAGGGCGUCUGGGGACUGGACGACUUCCAGUUCCUGCCCUUCAUCUGGGGCAGCUCCCAGUUCGUAGAUCAUCCGACUCUGGAGCCGCGGCAUUUCAUCGAUGAGAGAGUGGUGAACGAGCAGCACCAGGACUACAUAUUCCUGGACUGCAUCCGGUUCAUUAACGAGGUGAGAAAAUCACGCCGUCCGGUCCAUCAGAACCGGUCCAAUCCGACACCCACAACUCAUAUUUAUUCAUAU